AUGCGUUUUAACCUCUCAAUUACCGCCGCUAGUGUUUUGGCUGUUGCCAAUGCCGGUGUCAUCCAACGCGAUGCGGCUGCCCUGAAAGUCACGCUUUCCGCUGCGGAUGCUUCCGGAGCUGUUGUUGCUACUGUCACAAACACUGGUGCUGUUGACAUGAACUUGCUUACUCUUGGCACUUUCUUGGACUCUGCACCUGUUGAGAAGUUGGAUGUUAUCAAUGAAUCAAAUGAGGCUGUUGCAUUCAAGGGUGUUCUGCGAAGAGUUCAAUCCGGUGAAAUCGCCGCACAACACUUCAAGUCUCUCGCAGCAGGAGCAUCGCUCACCACCACCAUCAACACUGCGGCGGUCCACGACUUGACCACUGGUACCUACACUGUUAUGACAGAAGGUGCUAUUCCAUAUGCUCUUGGUCAAUCCACCGAGCUAUCAGGCUCAGCCGUAUCAUUCAAGUCCAACUCUCUUCCAAUUCUUGUCGACGGAGCCGCCGCCGCCAUCGUAGCAAAGGCCAUCCCAGAGAUGACCAUCACAGAGCGCACCGUCCUUCAAUCAGGAUGCUCCACCGCCCAAAAGACCGCUACUACCAAUGCCCUCUCCCGCUGCGCAACCCUCGCUCGCGCCGCCGCCAGCGCAGCCUCCUCCGGCUCCGCCUCCAAAUUCAGCGAAUACUUCAAGACCACCGCAGCAGCCACGCGCUCCACCGUCGCCGCCCGCCUUACCGCCGUCGCAACCCAAUGCGGCUCUCUCACCUCCGGCAAGACCAAGUACUACUGCACCGACGUCUACGGCUACUGCGAGUCCAACGUCCUCGCCUACACCAUCCCCUCCACCAACGAGAUCGUCAACUGCCCCAUCUACUACAGCGCGCUCACCUCGCUCACCACCAAGUGCCACGCCCAGGACCAGACUACCACCACCCUCCAUGAGAUGACCCACGCCCCGGGCACGUACAGCCCCGGAACCCAGGAUAAUGGGUAUGGAUAUGCGGCUGCCACGGCGCUUACUAGUGCGAGAGCGGUGCUGAAUGCGGAUUCUUAUGCGCUUUAUGCUAAUGCUAUCUACGUCGGAUGUUAA